AUAGAGAGAACACAGAUGUAAUUUUUAUUUCUUACUUGCUCUUGAAAGAUUGUGAUAUUCAGAUUCAGUGUCCUUUCAACAUCUCUAUGAUUGUAGCACCUAACAGGAAGAAGCUAGAUAUUCCUAUAUGGUCACAGUCUCAGAAACAGACAAUCUUAAAACUGUGAGUGUGCAAAAGAUAGCCAACUUUUUCUCUUUUACAGAUGACAACAGUCCAGUGAACAGAACAAUUGUUACAUAUCAAAGAACUCUCUUCCUUGUGACAUGCUACAGAGAGAUAAUUACACUAUUUUUAGCUGACAGUACUUUUGAGUCUCCCAAAGAAAUGUAAGUGCAAGCAUUAAAGCUGAAGGAUUGAUGCAUUUGCUUUUGGGUUUGUACACGAAAUUAGGGGUGGGGGACCAUCUCCUGCCAUCAGCUUCUGCAUCUUUACUCACCCAAGUAGCUUCUCUUCGAGGGUUGUCUCUUAGCAUUAUAGCUUUCAGGUGCUUACAUUUAGACCUGCUCAUUUUUCAGAGAGAGAGAGAGGGUCCUCACUUUCUUCUGGGAAUUGUUAUGCUCUAAGCAAAAGAAUAUAGGCGCUCACAGAUUGUUGCAUUUAUAGCCCUAGACUUCUGGAAUUCAAUUUUUUUAUGCUUAUCACAGUUAACAGAACAUUUUAGACUUCAGGGUAGGAGUUAGUUGGCAAAGACUAAUUAAGAUGUUGGUUUGACUUGUUUCUUAUGUUCUCCCUUUCCUGUGCUGUGCUUUUACCAGUUCUUAUUUCGUAUUCCCCCCCCCCAAGGGUUCCACAUAUUGGAACUCUUAGAAAAAUCUCUCUCUGUGUGUGUCUCUCUCCGUCUCUCCCCCUAUUCCAAUUAUGUUCUGAAGAGUUCUUUCAGAAAUUUGUUUUACUUACAGUUCUGGCUUCAAUUCUGCUGCUUCAUAAUCGCACUCAACUGGGUUUCUUUCGGUUUGGUAUUAUUGGAUUUUUUAUUUGCCUGUAGUGAUGCGCUUUAUGAUUGUGAACUUCAUUUGGUUGUGACCUCUUGCCAUGCCUAUUAAUGCAGCAACUCUUUAUGGCUCUUGAUUCCAGUUGCUUUAAGUGCAAGUUAGGACAGAAUGCCACUUCAGAGCUGCAAGUCAUAACUUGUGUGACCUUCUUCUUAAUGAUCCACCAACUUGUCUGUCUUCUUGUUAUCCAGUUAUAAAUGCAUGAGAAACCCAAGUUUUGCUUUCUUCCAAGCUUGAUAUUGCCUUUUUUUGGCUUGCCAAGCCAUUAUUUAGGAAUCAAACCUGGUAGUUUGAGUUCUGAUUCUUUCUUCGUUUAUACCAUAUUAACAAAUCAUGUUUUAGAAUCUUCUCUUAAGUCGCAAAUUAAUACCUUUGUGCCUUCGCACUUUAAUGGUACCUAUGGGUUCACAAGACUCACCCCCAAAUUCAGCUUCUGGCAUGCUACGCCAAUUCAUUAUCUCAGACUCCAUUGCUAGUCAAAACCAAUUUCAAAGUCAGAAUUUCAGCGUUUUCGGUCCAGACUUGCGAGGCAGCAACACAUUUUCUCAGUCUCAUGGUGUAUUGCCAAGCAUAAAGUCUCUCGAGGAAAGAAUGUCUAGGUCAAUAGACCUAGUCCAAGUUCCCUCGGCAGUUCAAGAAUCUGAGAUUAGCCAUACCAGACACUUAAUGGAUCUUCUUGGAGCGGCAAAUGAGACUAAUCAUCAAGCUCAAAGGUUAUCACUGUCUCUUGGUUCUCAGAUGCUUGUUCCCCAAUUUCAGUACAGGCAGAGAUCCUUUAAUUCGGAUCUCAUGAGUCCUAGUUACUUGGUUCCUAGAGAAGAAGCAAGGGAAGCAUAUAAUCUUGGAGGUGAACAAGUAAACGACGACUAUUCUCUCACUGGUAGUGGAUUUCCUCAAUCAUCAACCUCAUUAAGUAGACCUUCUACUUCUUACGAAACUGAAUCUUUUGCGGUUGCUAUAGGGAAUUCAAGGUAUUUAAAGCCUGCUCAGUCCCUGCUAGAAGAAAUUGUGCAUGUAAGUUGCCAGGCAGUUGAAAUUAGCAAUGAAAAGUAUGUUGGGAAAUUAUUUCCUUGUGGCCAAAGAGGAUCACUAAGACUUUCUUCUGAAUUAAAAGUAGAACUGUGGGGUAUUGGACUUGUUCAAGCCGAGAAACAUGAACUCCAGCUUAAAAUUGCAAAGCUUAUAGCAUUGUUGAAGGAGGUUGAGGGAAGAUAUGAGAAAUACUACCAUCAAAUGGAAGAAGUGGUAUCAUCAUUUGAGGAAAUAGCUGGUUUAGGAGCGGCCAAAUCCUACACAGCUCUUGCGCUCCAAGCCAUGUCCAAGCAUUUCUGCAACUUGAGAGAUGCCAUAGUGUCCCAAAUCGAUGAGACAAAAAGAAAAUUCUCUCGAGAUUUACCAAAAAUCAGCACAGAAUUGUCACAACUUAGCUUGGUUGAUAAAGAGACCAAACAUAACCGGAUAUCUCUUCAACAGCUUGGAAUGAUGCAAAGCCAAAGGCAAGCAUGGAGACCCAUCAGAGGGUUGCCAGAGACUUCUGUAACCAUCCUUCGCUCUUGGCUUUUUGAACACUUCUUGCACCCGUAUCCAAAUGAUUAUGAGAAACUAAUGUUAGCAUCGCAGGCAGGCUUGACAAAGAAUCAAGUAUCAAACUGGUUUAUAAAUGCUCGAGUCCGGCUAUGGAAGCCUAUGAUAGAAGAAAUGUACAAAGAGGAGUUUGCAGAUCACUCAGAGGACUGAAGGAAAAGGUUGAUAGCUAAGUCAAUUCCUUCUUCAAGCUGUGUUUCGUUGUAUCUUUUAUGCAAUAGGAAAUUAACAUCCUCUUUAAUCAUUCAUCCUUGAAAAUCCGAGAACAGUCUAGACCUGUGAUUUUCAGGAAAAAAACAAAUUGCCAUGGGAGCAGAUCCUACGCAACUAAUUAGCUGUUUCAACCUUUGAUGUUUAUUUCUAUCACUGUUUAAAAAAUUUGGUGAGAGCAACA